AUGAGGAGGCCGUGCCCCGGAGCUAGGGGGAGGCCUGUGGGGGCCAGCUUAUCUCUGCCACCACUGUUGCUGCCUCCUCUGCUUUUGCUUCUGGGAAGCUUGUGGGCUUCUGGGACCCCCGCCAAAUCAGGGCCUGAGGAAGAUGAUGGAACUCUAUCCAGUGGUCGAGUAAAGAGAGGCUGGGUCUGGAACCAAUUCUUCGUGGUGGAGGAGUACACCGGUACCGAACCUUUGUAUGUGGGCAAGAUCCAUUCUGACUCCGAUGAAGGUGAUGGCUCUAUCAAAUACACCAUCUCUGGGGAGGGGGCUGGGACGAUCUUCCUGAUUGAUGAAUUGACCGGUGACAUUCACGCCAUGGAGCGGCUUGACCGGGAGCAGAAAACCUUCUAUACACUUCGAGCCCAGGCACGGGAUCGGGCCACAGACCAGCUCCUGGAACCCGAGUCGGAGUUUAUCAUCAAGGUCCAGGACAUCAACGACAGCGAACCUCGCUUCCUGCAGGGCCCCUACAUUGGCAGUGUGGCUGAGCUCUCACCCAUAGGCACUUCAGUAAUGCAGGUGAUGGCAUCAGAUGCAGAUGACCCCACGUAUGGGAGCAGCGCACGACUGGUGUACAGUGUCCUGGAUGGUGAGCAGCACUUCACUGUGGACAACAAGACAGGUGUGAUCCGCACAGCAGUGGCCGACUUGGACCGAGAGAAACAGGAGCGUUACGAGGUUGUGAUCCAGGCCACAGACAUGGCCGGUCAGCUGGGAGGCUUGUCGGGCUCCACCACUGUGACCAUCGUCAUUACUGACGUCAAUGACAACCCGCCCCGCUUCCCACAGAAGAUGUACCAGUUCAGCAUCGUGGAGACAGCACCCAUUGGCACUGCCAUUGGGCGAGUGAAGGCUGAGGACUCAGAUGUGGGAGAAAACACUGACAUGACAUACCAGCUCAAGGACGAGGGCGGCGGGGACAUGUUCAAGGUCACCACAGACAGCAACACCCAGGAGGCCAUCAUCACUGUGCAGAAGUGCCUGGACUUUGAGGCUCAGGCCACACACACGGUGGUGCUCGAGGCCUUGAACAAGUUUGUGGACCCACGAUUUGUAGACCUGGGAACCUUCAGGGAUCAAGCGAUCGUCCGGGUGACGGUGAUGGAUGUGGACGAGCCCCCCGAAUUCCGGCCGCCCUCUGGGCUCAUGGAAGUGCAGGAAGAUGCCCAAAUCGGCUCCAUCGUGGGGGUGGUAACAGCGCUGGACCCUGAUGCCGCCAACAGGCCUGUCCGGUACGCCAUCGAUCGUGACUCAGAUUUGGAGCAGAUCUUCAACAUCGAUGCUGACACUGGUGCCAUUGUGACAGGCAAGGGACUGGACCGGGAGACAGCAGGCUGGCACAACAUCACUGUGCUGGCCAUGGAGGCUGACAAUCACUCACAGGUAUCCAGAGCUUCCCUUCGGAUACGGAUCCUAGACGUGAACGACAACCCUCCAGAACUGGCUACCCCCUAUGAAGCUGCUGUAUGUGAGGAUGCAAAGCCUGGCCAGCUCAUUCAGACCAUCAGUGUGGUGGACCGAGAUGAACCACAGGGAGGUCAUCGAUUUUACUUCCGUCUGGUGCCUGAGGCCGUCAGUAACCCUCAUUUCUCUCUGCUUGAUAUCAAAGAUAAUACAGCAGCCGUGCACACACAACAUGUGGGCUUCAACCGACAGGAGCAAGAUGUCUUCUUCCUCCCCAUACUGGUGGUGGACAGUGGGCCACCCACACUCAGCAGCACGGGAACCCUCACCAUCCGUGUGUGUGGCUGUGAUAGUGCUGGUGCCAUCCAGUCCUGCAACACCACAGCCUAUGUGAUGGCUGCCUCGCUGAGCCCCGGGGCCCUCAUUGCUCUGCUGGUCUGCAUCCUCAUCCUGGUUGUGCUGGUCCUGCUCAUCCUCACGCUGAAGCGCCACCACAAAAGCCACCUGAGCUCAGAGGAGGACGAGGACAUGAGAGACAACGUCAUCAAGUACAACGACGAGGGCGGAGGAGAGCAGGACACGGAGGCCUACGACAUGUCGGCGCUGCGGAGCCUGUACGACUUCAGCGAGAUCAAAGGCGGGGAUGGCGGCGGCGGCGGGGGCGGCCUCCAGUCCGGGCUGCAGUCGGAGCGCCCCUCCCUCCCGCUUCCACAGGGGGCCCCGAGCCCGGAGCUGGACUUCUCCCUCUUCAGGGACUUCAUCAGCAGGAAAGUGGCGCUGGCGGACGCGGACUUGUCUGUGCCGCCUUACGACGCUUUCCAGACGUAUGCGUUCGAGGGUGCGGACUCGCCCGCAGCCUCGCUCAGUUCGGUGCACACCCGCUCGAGCUCGGAGCAGGACUUCUCCUAUCUCAGCAGCUGGGGGCCGCGGUUCCGCCCGCUGGCCGCGCUCUAUGCCGGGCACAGGGCAGACGAGGAGGGUGACGCGUCCUAGCCCGCCCUUCUCCUCGGGGCUCCGUGACUCUGGCAUUGAGGCAGCCCCGAAAGACCAAAGCACCCCCCACCACCCCACCCGCUCACCUCAGUUCCCACCGCCUGAUCAAACCUCACUCGGAGAGCCUUGAGUUUAGGGGUGGGGGUGGGGAGGGUCGGGGAACAGAAAGAAGCAGAUACAGACCCGGGGCCCUUCCCCAAUGCUAUCCCUCUUCACCCUCAACUUCGUGCCCAGAGUUCGCGGGGAGCUCAGAGCGCGUGUCCCGUGGUCUCUCAACCCGAUCUGUAUUAAAAGUCCCGCACUGACAA